AUGCUAUCCCUCCUAUCCCUCACAGACAAGACACAUCAUGAGAUAGUGGAGAAGACGGCACAAGAAGCUUCGAAACCUCACUUGGCAAUGGCCGAGCUAGUAAAAUCAAGGCUCGUCCCGUGUCCCGUGUCCCCGUUUCCCAACUCCACUGCCGAUCUCUACGGGACCAGCAAGUGCAUGUGGACCCUGAUAGCAUCUCAUCAAUGUUCCCAUGAUGCUUACAUUGACUACCAAAGCCUGGAAUAA